GCAAGAUGCAUUGCGCUUUUUGGCACCAUGUCUUAGGCAUUACUGAAUGGGCAGGCAUCAUUGAGCUCGCAUUAGCUACACACGAGUGCUGACGCUCGGAGAAGCAAUACUGUUACACAAUCAGGGGCAGGGUGCCAAGAGGAGCUACUGCAGACAGUGUUACUGUACAGCCGGUCUACCUACCUGUUACCUUAUCACCCCAGUCUGAGGCAGAAUUGGCAGCACAAACAAAAUGGCAAAGGUCUUUCUUUGCAUUCUGUUGGCUGGACUGGGAGCAGUAGCAGCGGCAGAGGGACGUCAUGAGAACACAUACCGCGCACAAGGCAAAAUCUUUGGGAAGUCGACACCAAACGCUGGCAAGCCGAACUUCGUGUUCAUUCAAACCGACGACCAGGCCAAAUGGGACAUGAUUGCGAUGAACAAGACUGCUCGCUUGCUUGGCGAUCAGGGGGCAACCUUCAGCAACUACAUGGUCAAUACGCCCAUUUGCUGUCCCUCCAGGACGGAGAUCUUCUCCGGAAGGUACUACCACAACGUGGGCGCACCAAGCGGUUCUUGCAUGCACGUCAACUCCAAGCAGUGGGUGUUCGAUGAGACGAGUCUCUUCUCCACACUGCAGUCGAAUGGCUAUUUGACGGGAGUUUUCGGAAAGGUUACGAAUGAUCAGGGUGGGUAUUUCUGUAAGGAGAUGAUGAAUGCUGGAAUGACGAUGAUCAGCUCGCCUUGUGACUACAAUAGCUUCUACUCGAGCCAGUAUUUCGUCAAAUUAGCAAAUGGGACGAAAUAUGUGGAAAAGUUGAACCCCAAGUUGCCUACAACUUACCAAACAUCACAGCUCGGGAAUCGCUCUAUUUCCUGGAUCAAAGACAUAGUGAAGACAGAUCCAGGAAAGCCAUUUCUGGCGUACAUUGGACCACAUGCUCCUCACUAUCCUGCUGACCCAGCCCCAUGGCAGCUGGACAACAUCUUCGCCGAUAUCAAAGCGCCUCGGACACCAAACUGGAACGAAUCUUGCCCGGACAAGCACGAGAUGAUCGCAGACAAUCCACCCCUCGACGACAACGCCACCAUUGCUCUAGAUCACCAAUAUCAAAUUCGCCUCCUUAGCCUUCUCUCCGUGGAUGACGUCAUUGAGGCAGUGUACAACACGCUACAGGACCUGGACCUUCUUGAAAACACGUACAUCAUCUUUACAAGCGAUCACGGAUACCAUUUAGGCCAAUGGCGGGUGCCCAGCAGCAAACAGCAGCCGUACGAUACCGAUAUCUUUGUUCCGACCUUCAUCCGCGGGCCGGGCAUUGCGGCCGGGUCCAAGGUGGAUGCCAUGGUGGGAAACGUGGACAUUGCGCCAACCAUCAUCGACCUGGCAGGAAUACAAGUACCUAAGGGCAUGGAUGGCAAGAGCAUGGCUGGCUUGCUCAAGGCAAGUGACCAAGCAAAAGAAGCUGCAGAGAAGUGGCGCGAUGGCUACCUCAUUGAGUACAAGUCCGUGGGAAAGUACGAUAACAAGCAUGCGACGAUGUGGUGGCCGACCGCAGACGGUGAUUUCCACGGAGUGCAUCGCAGUCCACCGGGUGCUCCCUGCGCAACCUGCCCACAUUGGUGGCUUGACGGACCCAGCAAUACAUACCGUGGCCUACGCCUAAUGAAUGCCACCCACAACUUCCUCUACGCAGAGUUCAACCCAGACUGGACUUUCGACAACAAGACGGCCGUCUUCCACGAGUAUUAUGACGUGACCGAAGACCCCUAUCAGAUGAAAAACAUUUACAGCAAGGCAGCUCCUGAUCUGCAGAAAGCUCUCCACGACCAGCUCCAGGCCUAUGCAUCCUGCACUGGUGGCCAAGCCAAUGGCAACUGCCCAUAGUCCUAUACCUCUGUGGUCCAUACUAGUGUCAGGAGUGCAUAUCAGUGCAUUUUGGACUGCUGAUGAUUCGCCUUGAAUUGAGUUACAUUGCUCUCUUUGUUUUCUUCUUCCUUGUGCAGUCAGUAUGCAUGUGUCUUCCUUUAUUAACUUAUUUUGCUGGACAUCCAUGGUCUGUAGCUUGUGAGCAUAGUGAGAAAGUCCUCAUAACUGAGUCCUCUAUCCAGCUUGCUGUACUGUAUUGCUGUUCCUUAGUAGGUGCCACUGUAUAAAGUUUUGUUUCUUUUUCAUUUACGACAAUGGCUGUACAACUGUGUUUAAAAAAAUAUUAAUUUUAUUAAUGGAACUGGA